AUGGGGCCCUUGUCAUAUGAGGUUAUUCUGGAAAAUGAUCGUAUGGUCAGACGCCACAUUGAUCAGUUACGGCAUCGGCAGGCCGGGCCAGUCCCAGAUAUUGAUGAAUGUGGAACUGGGAGGCACAGCUGUGCCAAUGACACAAUCUGUUUUAAUUUGGAUGGAGGCUAUGACUGUCGAUGCCCUCAUGGGAAGAAUUGCACAGGGGACUGUAUCCAUGAAAGGAAGAUCAAACACAAUGGACAAAUCUGGGUGUUGGAAAAUGAUAGAUGCUCCGUUUGCUCUUGCCAAACUGGCUAUGUAAUGUGCCGACGAAUGGUCUGUGACUGUGAAAAUCCCACUGCUGAUUUAUUCUGCUGUCCCGAAUGUGAUCCAAGGCUGAGUAGUCAGUGUUUACAUCAAAGUGGAGAGAUCAUGUACAAUAGUGGGGAUACAUGGGUUCAAAACUGUCAACAGUGCCGAUGUUUGCAGGGGGAGAUUGACUGCUGGCCUUUGUCUUGUCCUGAGAUGGAUUGUGAAUUCAGCAUACUCCCUGAGAAUGAAUGUUGCCCACAUUGUGUCAUCGAUCCUUGUCAAGCAGACACCAUUAAAAAUGAUAUUACCAAGACUUGUCUGGAUGAAACUAAUGUAGUCCGAUUCACUGGAUCAUCCUGGAUCAAGCAUGGUACAGAAUGCACUCUCUGCCAAUGCAAGGUAUGGGAAAAGUAG